AUGAAUCGCCCAUGUUUAGGGCUUCGACCUGUUCGUCUAAGUUGGUCAGCCCGACUUUUUGCGACGACGUCAACUACAAGAAAUCGCCAGUCAACUCAACCAAAGCAGCUUGUCUCAGAACGCGAAGAUGCGUCUUCAAAGAAGCGCACAGUUGUCAAUGUGGCAAAAGCACAACUAUCGAUUCUCCACCGCUCGUUUUGGGCCUGUCGAUCGACAUGGAAGCGAGCUAGAAUCAACACACUGCGUUGUCUUCUGGGCUGCAGUAUCGGCGAUUUCUCCGCGUUAUGGAUGCUUCAGACGUUUUGCCCAGAUAUGGGAGUGGGUUCAAUGAUGGCUGUGUCGAUGGCUUCCGGAAUCACCAGCUCCAUCAUCCUUGAAACAGUUCUUCUUCGACAUGGAAAGGACCGGCUCCCAUGGCCCAUCGCCGCUCGUACCGCCAUGGGGAUGAACCUCGUCUCUAUGUUGGCCAUGGAAGCGGCGGAGAAUACGGUUGACUUUCACCUCACUGGGGGUGUAGUCGUCCUUGCUGACUCCGGUUUCUGGCUGGCGGCUGCUGUUUCAGUGGGAGCUGGGUUUCUGGUUCCUUUGCCGUAUAAUUAUGCCCGGCUGCGAAAGUAUGGGAAGGCGUGCCAUUAA